CCAACAUUUGGAACGCAAAUGCUUACAGUUUGACAUGGAUCCCAACGAAUUAAUCUCCUUGUUGUCUGAGCAGGUGUUGCUGGAUAUUAGGCAAUUCCCGGGUUUACUGGUGAAGAAUUCAGAAGAGACUGCUAGUGCUAUUUCGGGCAGAGUUGGGUUUAGGAGAAAACACGAGUUUUUCGAGGGUGGAGAUGUACAUCGCCAUUUGUACCUCCAAGAUGUGUUCACCAGCAUUGCAGAAGUAGAGGCCAAGUCCAGUAUAUCGGAAUUUCCUUGUGAAGUGGCAGACUGUGACCAGCUCUUUGACACUUUGAAGUCAUAUGAACAUCACUACAACACAUUGCAUAGAAAUGUUUGUUCCAUCUGCAAAAUAUCUUUUCCAUCUGUCAGGCUUUUGGACAUUCAUAUUUUUGAGGGGCAUGACUCUCUCUUCCAGAUUAUGGCAGAAAACACCAAUAUGUUCCAGUGUUUGGUGGAGGGAUGUAUGGAGAAAUUCAAAACAAUUGGUGAACGGAGAAAUCAUUUAAUCAAAUCCCACCUCUAUCCAUCUGAUUUCCAAUUUGACAAGCCUGAGAGAAAUAAAAGUGAGGAAUCAUGUGACAAGUCAUCUGUGGUGAAAAUGUAAAGUGAUCCCUCUAAGGCGGUGC